AACCUUCCGAACAGACAGAAGAAAAUGAAAAUUUUUGAAAACAUUGAAAACGAUUAAAAUUGACAACAUUUAUGUGAAAUAUGUAGUAAAAUGCCAGGGUGGAAGCCGGACUGUCUGAGAGGUUCAGUUUAUGAGCCAGAUCCUCUGAAGCUUAAAGAAAGAAAACAUGAUCAAAAUGCAGUAAUUGAAGAUUCAACUGAAGAUGAUAGGAAAGGUAUUGCUGUCAUUGAGCUGUAUAAGCAAGAUGGACAUGGACUGGGAUUUAUUGUAUCAGGAGGAGAAGAUAAAGGGUUUAGACCCACAGUAUCUAGUAUAAGACCAGGAGGAACUGCUCAUAGAUCUGACUCUCUAGAAGUGGAUGAUAUCAUCUUGUCUGUUAAUGGUAUAAAGACAGAUGGAAUGAAACACGAUGAAAUAAUAAACUUAUUAAAGAACACUGGAGAACAUGUUAUACUUGAAGUAGAAUAUCAACUUCCUGAUAACUCAUUUUCCAGUUCCUUUUCUGUUUGUUGUAAACAACAUAUUGUGUCCCUGGAAAGAGAUAGUGGAGGAUUUGGUUUUACUCUGCGUGGAGGAUACCAUAAUAACCCACAGAAAUCUAGAGCUUUAACUGUCACUCAAAUAAGGCCUGGAGGAUCUGCUGAUAGAGAAGGGUCCAUACAGGUUGGAGAUAGGAUCAUUGCUAUCAAUGAAUACAAUGUUGCACAUUUUACCCUGUCAGAGGCCUCAAUGUUCCUACAACAAUGUGGACAUGAAGCUAACUUCACAGUUGAAUAUGAUAUGUCUGUUAUAGAUACCAUUAAGAACGCUACAGGACCAUUGUUGGUAGAAAUAGGCAGAGUACCUGGGACAUCCUUAGGUCUAGGUCUCUCACAGACAUCACACCAGGGGAAAUGGUGUCUGUCUAUUGAUGGUAUAGACCCAAUGAGCUUAGCAGACAGGUGUGGAGCAUUACAUGUAGGUGACCUAAUAAGAUCCAUUGAAGGAACCAGUGUUGAGCACAUGUCUAUUGCUGAGGCUACACAACUGUUAAAAUGUAGUCUGGAUGAAGUUGUCACCCUUGAAAUAUUACCGGCAAAGAUUGUAGAACAACAUACAUCCAGGGAUAUAAUAUCAAGAAGAGGGAUUAAAAGUAAUUUAGUUCGUUCAACCACUGGUAGCAUGUCCAAUGCAGCUUCUGUCCCAGCCAUACCCUCCUCUCUCUCUACUCCUAGUAGCUUCAAUAUGUAUAACUCUACAGGUUCCGCAUACAACAUGUCAUCUGGUACCAGUACACUGAGGUUGUCUGGAAGGAAGAGACAACUGACCAAGAGACAGCCAUCCAACAUUUCCAUAUCCUCAACUACCACAUCCAUUAUGCUUGGGAACCAGAUAGGCCGAUCAGAAACCAUGGAGAUCAGACUGUAUGCAGACUACAGAGGAUUAGGGUUAACAGUAGAUGGAAGUUUUAAUGAUUCCUCAGUCCUUGGGGAAGCCCCUGUUGUAUCUUAUGUGCAGACUGGUAGUGCUGCAGACAGAUGUGCCUUGAUGCAAGAAGGUGAUAGAAUAUUAACAGUAAAUGGACAAAGCUUGUCAGAUAAAACUAUUGAUGAAGUGAAUCAGCUGUUAAGAGAAUGUAGACAUAGAUGUGAUCUGGAAGUGGAAUUUGAUGUUACAGAAUCAGUGAUUUUGACAUCCGGGACAUUUGUAGUCAAACUACCAAUGGUGAAAACAGGUUUAGGUGUUUGCUUGUCAGGAGUUGGUGGAAAAGCCAAUGACCAUUUGAUCAUCACAGAUGUUAAGAAAGGAAGCGUAGCACACAGAUGUGGAUCAAUCCAGCCAGGAGAUAAACUGUUGGCUAUUAAUGAUGUAAAAACAGAGAACAUGCUGGUGGAAGAUGCUUUACAUUUGUUACAAUCCACUGAUGACAUCAUCAAAUUACGUCUAAAGAGGGAUGACCCAUAUUCAGAUGAUAGUGGAGGAGAAUGUGUGAUGUAUACAGUUGAAAUGCAGAGACGAGGAGGUCCAUUAGGGAUAACAAUAUCUGGCACAGAUACACCAGGGGACCCUAUUAUUAUAUCAGAUCUGGUGGAAGGAGGUUUAGCAGUAAGAACUGGUGCUAUACAUAUUGGUGACAGAUUAUUAGCUAUAAAUGGUGACACAACAAGGGGAAAAACUCUUACAGAAGCAACUAAUAUGUUACAAUGUGCUGUUGAACUUGUUACUUUGAAGAUAGCAAGACCAGCUGAGACCUCAAAAACUAAAGGAAAGAAGUUGGGUGAUACAUGUAGAUCAACAACUCCAGUGGCUAGUGUUGAUAGUGCUAUGGAAUCAUGGGAUAGCUCUGCUCCAGAAACAGGGCAGAUUUAUCAUAAUAUUGGAACAGUUCUAUCUAAUGGAAAACCACAGUUGUUACCAAAACCCAGCAACAAUAAAAGUGGUAUCAAAGCUGUUAACUCUAACAACACUGAUACAAGUAGAGACAGAUUGGCAGAUUUUAACCAAUCAGAUUUUGAGUGGGAAAACCAUAGCAACAGCAGUCAUAGUGAAAAUGCAAAUGGUGGUGAUGAGUGGACAGGUUCAUUUGGGGAGUAUGAAAAUGGGUCAGAAAUGUUGAAACAAAUAAAUGCAAGUUUGAAGCAGAGAUCGUCUGCUAGUUUGGACAGGCCAAGGUCAACCACUGCAAAACCACUUUUGACAAAAAACUUUUCUCACAGCACAGCAAAAGAUUUCCACAGUGAGGAUGAACUUUGCAGUGCAGGAAGCAGGAAAAAAACCACAAAUAAACCUGGGAAAAAACUUGGACCAAAUGCAUACAAAGAACAUGUCAAAACCAUAUUUUCACCAACACCUGUUCAGCUGCAUAAAAUUAAGAUGGUGAAGGACCCUGGUGCAGAUGAUUUUGGAUUUGGUCUUUCAGACGGCAUGUAUGAGAAGGGUGUAUAUAUCAGUGGUGUAAGAGGAGGAUCACUGGCAGAAAAAGCUGGUUUAGUACAGUUUGACAGAAUAUUACAGGUAAAUGGAAUAAGAACCAGAGAUUUUGACUGUUGUUUAGCCAUACCCUUAAUUACAGAAGCUGGGAAUGCUAUAGAUUUGGUUGUGUGCAGGAACCCUAUAGCAAAAGUUUCUAAUGGUGAAUCUAGUCAGAAAGUUGCAAGUAAACCAGUCAGAGAAUAUAAUUCUUGUGAUGAAGGCAGUGUUUACAUGAAUGUACCAACUAAAAAUGGAUUCAAUACACCUAAAAGUGUUUGAAAUU